AGGGGUCGCUCUCGGGCAGCAUCGAACCUCCGCACACCGACUUCUCGCGAGGUUUCGGCGCCCCCCCGCCCUCCUCUCCCGCCCGCUCCUAGUUCUGGUGCGGGCAGCUCCCGCAAUGGCUGCACUGCGGAGGCUCCUGUGGCCGCCGCCGCGGCUCCCGCCUCCGCCCUCCCCUCACCAUCCCUUCCCAGGGGCGUGGGGGCGGCCGGCGGGCAUAGCCCCGGGCCCGCCUGGCCGGCCCUUCUCCUGCCGGGAGGAGGAAGAGGGGGCUGUGGCGGAGGCGGCUUGGAGGCGGCGGAGGCGCUGGGGGGAGCUGAGCAUCGCGGCGGCAGCCGGCGGGGGUCUGGUCGGCCUCGUGUGCUACCAGCUGUACGGGGACCCUAGGGCCGACUCCGCCUGGACACCCGCCCUCGAGCGCCCCUCGGAGAGCUCGGCCUCAGAGCCGGAGGACCCGCCCCGCGGCCGGGGGCUGAUUCCCAUCCCCGUGGCGGCUGCCAAGGAAACGGUUGCUAUCAGCAGAACAGACAUUGAAGACUUAGAUCUCUAUGCUACAUCUCGGGAAAGAAGAUUUCGUUUGUUUGCUUCUAUAGAAUGUGAAGGACAGUUAUUCAUGACUCCAUAUGACUUUAUUUUGGCUGUUACAACAGAUGAGCCCAAAUUUGCUAAGACGUGGAAGUCACUUACCAAACAGGAAUUAAAUCAAAUGCUCUCAGAAACACCACCAGUUUGGAAAGGAUCCUCAAAGCUUUUUCGCAGUCUUAAAGAAAGAGGUGUGAUUUCUUACACAGAAUAUCUUUUUCUCUUGUGUAUUUUAACAAAGCCACAUGCAGGAUUUAGAAUAGCUUUCAACAUGUUUGACACCGAUGGUAAUGAGAUGGUGGACAAAAAGGAAUUUUUGGUGCUUCAAGAGAUAUUCAGGAAAAAAAAUGAAAAGAGAGAAACUAAAGGAGAUGAAGAAAAGCGUGCAAUGCUGCGUCUUCAACUUUAUGGAUACCAUUCUCCUACUAAUAGUGUACUUAAGACAGAUGCUGAGGAACUGGUCUCCAGAAGCUAUUGGGAUACACUGAGACGUAAUACAAGCCAAGCACUCUUUUCAGACCUCGCAGAGCGUGCUGAUGACAUUACAAGUUUGGUAACAGAUACUACACUUCUUGUGCACUUUUUUGGAAAGAAAGGAAAAGCUGAGCUCAACUUUGAAGAUUUUUAUAGAUUCAUGGAUAACCUACAAACAGAAGUUCUAGAAAUAGAAUUCCUUUCCUACUCUAAUGGGAUGAACACUAUCAGUGAAGAAGAUUUUGCUCAUAUUCUUUUACGAUAUACAAAUGUGGAAAAUACAUCAGUAUUUUUGGAAAAUGUGCGUUACAGUAUACCUGAAGAAAAGGGCAUCACAUUUGAUGAAUUCAGGUCAUUUUUCCAGUUUCUGAACAACUUAGAAGACUUUGCAAUAGCCUUGAAUAUGUAUAACUUUGCAAGUCGCUCUAUAGGGCAAGAUGAAUUUAAGCGUGCCGUCUAUGUAGCUACUGGCCUCAAACUUUCACCACAUUUAGUGAACACAGUCUUCAAGAUUUUUGACGUUGACAAAGAUGAUCAGUUAAGUUAUAAAGAAUUUAUUGGAAUUAUGAAAGACAGACUCCAUAGAGGAUUCCGGGGUUAUAAAACAGUUCAGAAGUAUCCCACUUUCAAAUCCUGUCUAAAGAAGGAACUUCACAGCAGAUAAGUACUUCUAAAGCAAAGUUUAAAGGAUUAUUAUCUAUAUGAUGAUCCAAGAAGCAAAAAUUUCAGAGUAAAAGCAGGUCUCAGAUCACAGCAUGUAGAAAUGAAGGAAAAGAAGAAACACUAAAUAUAGUUUUUCUUGAUUGAAUUCUUGAACAUAAGACAGAUAAUAUGCAUCUUCUCACUAACUGUAAAUGUUAUGUGUUAUCAAGUUGAGCUUUUGCAUUGAUUUACUGAACUCUGUACUUUUUCAUUCCUUUCAGAAGUAUAUAGAUACUUCCAAUGACUAUGUAAGAAUGUAUUUUAAAUACUUUUUAUUUAUUAGAAAUUUACCUGAUUUCAAAAUAAUAUAUGACUCCUGCAAUCUAGAUCACUUAAAAAUUAAUAGCAACAACAUAUUUUCUUUGGUUUUAGACUGUGAAGUUAUUUUCAGAAAAAUGAGUAUUACUUGAGAUUUAUCUUAGGCCCUUAGAGUUGUUGAUGAAUCCCCAUUAUUACCAGGUUUUUAAUUACAUUAAAAUAAUUUUGAAAAACAAAUAGAAAUUAAGCUACUAUAUAAAUAUAAUAUGAUGGUUUACAUUGUACUUUUAACUUUUAAAAGUACUUUACAUACACUGUGUGAAUCAAGUAACAGUUUUUAAAAGUUUUUGUUUAUUGGCCAAAGUCAUCAGAAUGUCUGAUACUCUUUCACGUGUGCGGUAAAGCAAUUUCAAAUGCAGAUUCUUUUUUCUCCAAAAAAGUCACAUCUUCAUGGUAGAAACCGUGGUGGCUACAGCACCUACUGUCCUUGCCGUGACCGCCUUUAACAUGCCGCUGCUCCUGACAGCAGAUGGCAUGUGUCGUAACGCCAGUCGCAGCGAUGUCUUGCAGCCGUGUGACGUGCUGUUCGGGAGUGUUGCACGGGGCGGAUGUAAGACGUACACGAGUGAUGUCUGUCUUUGGUAGAAGUUAAGAUUUUGUUUCUUGCAAAAGGACCACGUGCAAAAGUGAUGCCAAACAGCUGGUCAUAAUGAAUAACUUAAGUAAAUUAAUUCUUUCAAAAUGAUAUUUCAAAUUCAUUAAGUCAAAAGACUUAAAGAGAAAAGAAAAACUUUCUAGAGAGAAACAAAAUUAGGUUUUCACGUGGAGAAAAUAAUUUGAUAGCAUUUAAUGGAAGUUUGUUCAGUUAGAACGUAUAGUUUAUGAAAGGAUACUGUACAAAAAUAGAACAACGAAGUUAAUAUAUUUAUAUAUUGUAUGUGGAAGGUAAGUUCAUUUAUCUUCUUUUCUGAGAUGUAUUUAAUGUAAAUUGCACACACUCCAACUAUCACCUUGCUUUUGCAUAUGAAAAUAGGAAAUAUGGACUUUGUUUUUAUAAGUUAUAAAUGUGAAAUUGGUAGUUCUGCAUCCGCCUAUUUAUAAAAGUACUGUUAUUUCCAAGAAAAUGUUACGAUUAGCAUUGACUAUGUAUUUGUUAAACUUUGUACAUUCUUUAUCUGGCAUUAUUUAUUACAUUGAUAUAGAAAUAUAUAUGAUUCAUGGAUUUGAAGAUUCCAUGCAGUAUAAUCAUUUAAUUUCACCUGCUUUGAAGGUUGACUCAGUUGAUUGACUAAAUGAAAAUGCCAACCCACUCAUUUAACAUGUCCAAGGUCUAUUCUACCUUACACUGAAUGUUCUCAAUAGUAAUUAUUUGCUAUCCAAAAUAAUUGAAGACAUGCAGUUUACUUUCAUCUUUGACUAAAAGUUAUAUUAUCUUGCACACAUGGAGAAAUUGCUGUUUGGAACACUUCUGUCAGUAUAGAUAUAAAAAUGAAUUAGCUCAUGAAAAUUCUUUAUAAUUCUGUCACUCUCCCAAGGCACACUACGUAUGCAGGCUUUAUUUUUUAUCAGUAUAAAUGAAUAUUUAUUUAUAAGGCUGCAACAUAAUAUUAAAAAGGGAAUAAAUAAAAUAUUCUGAUAACUUAAAAUGAAAAAGUAACAAAUUACAGUGGUUAUAUAUUAUUACCCUUGAACUUUAUCAUCUGUAAAUUGGGAGGUAAAAAUAUCUCACUGGAUUGUUGUUUACAUCCAUUAAAAAUUUUUAAUGCUUUAAUAGUAACAUAUGAAAUACAUGUAUGCCGUUAUUCUCAGUAUUUCCUUCUACAAAUUAUUCUUUAGAAACAUGAAACUACACAUAAAUUUUAGUAUCGUACUCUACAGAAAGCCUACAUGGUAAAAAGUUUAUGCUAUUUUCUCAGUAU